AUUUAUUUAUUUUUUAGGACAAGGAAAACAAUAUUUAAUCUUAAAGCCAUUUUGAGCAGCACUAUUAAAUUUAAUAUUGCAACUUACUUCUAUAAACCUUUCCACACAGCACUUGUUUUAUAGUCCCUUGUUAAGAAUUGAUAAAAUAAUAAUUCCAUUAUUAAAGAGCACCAAACUACAGGUGCAGCCUUAAUAGGAAGGUAAGGUGUGCACCCCCCAAAAAUUGCAUAUAUUAUUGAAGGAAAAGGGUGCAAUGUUGAAGAGGGAGAAGCACAACGAAAACCCUAGCAAACUCUUAAGAUUCCGUUGGAGACAAAUAAAUGAAAUGCAGCCAUUAUAUUUGUUGGUGACAGUGAUUUCUGUGGGGAGAAAGUUGAAUUAUUUAGAUCACCAUUUUGCAGUUGGAAAAGAAAGCUCCACAUACCAGUCAACCUCUUAAUGUAAGAAAUCUGGAUAAAACCAAAAGUAAUUGGGGAACAAAGGAUGAAAAAUAGUGACCAAUUUUAAAUAUUGCUCUUAUAAACUUUGAAAGUUGCUAGAAUAACUCGUUUUAUCUUAGCAUGCACUUUCUGGAGGAUAUGAAGUCUGAAACUCAAACGUCUGUUAAUAUUUUGUCAUCUGAGUCCUCAAAAAAUUUGCCAGAAAACCACAAAUCUUAUGAGGAAGCGAACAAAAAUAUGAGGCAAAAAUCUAGAUAUUCUGCGACAAUCUGGAUUUCGGGUUGGUGUUAAGGUAAGGAUUUAAAGGUGAACAGAAGAAAACAUACUGGAUAACCACACCAAAACAUAGUUUUAACCGCAACUUGCAUAUAAAGGCUCCUGCUUAAAGUAACCCUCUGCUGAGCAGAUGCAUAGAUGCAAGUUCUAGUUCGCCAGUUCCUCCAGGGUAACCCUGCCGUUAGCCACGGAGGUCCGGAAUACUAUGGGAAGUUCUGAAGAAUCACUGCAGAAAUAUAAUUCUUCUCUGUUUGGAAAGCAUCUAAGUAAGGCGAAUCGUACAGUCCAUCACUCACGGGGGGAGGUAGGAAUGAAGUGGGCUUAGCCAAGCUUCUAGCUUUAUGUUCAGAUUUCGAGCAGAGCUAGGAUCCCCUCCGCUGUGCCGAACGCUCCACGGGUACCACUGGUGCGAUUCCGGGAAGAGGCAUUGCGCAUAAUACAUCGGUGAUUACAGGUGGCUCCGCCGAUCCAGGUGAUGUUUCCCACAUCUCUUCCUCCACUGUUCACUUGUUCUCAGACUAGUGUUCCCUUUUCCAACGGACACCAUCGACAGACUAAAUAAAACCAAGUCAGUGGGGGCCGCCUGCUUGUGCUAGCAGAAGACGCACGGCUAACGUUGCUACACGUCGGAGCUGGGUGGCUCUGCUUUGACGUGAGGGGAGCGCAGUACCAUCCUGCUGGAAGCGGGAGAGAGAGCAACAGCAGAAGAGACUGAGCAAAAGCUCUUUUAGUAAGUGUCUUUUGUGCCACGUAGCUGCGACUGAGUAUAGUGUGUUGUAACCUUUUCUCCGGGUCCCCCUCCUGGAGAGUAUGGCUCUCUCUCCUCGGCUGUCUCUCGCUUUUUCUCUGACUGCAUCUUUUCAGCACCUGCACUGCCGUCACCACCGCACUAUCCUGUCUACUUGCAGUAGCAGCAGCACCACAACCACACGGCAACAGCACCUUUCCAGCUAAUUUGCUACUCGGUCCGCCUGUUACCCCAAAGUCACACAGAGCAAAAUCUCAGGGGAGUCAAAAAGAGAAAAGCAUCGGUUGUUCUGCACCCACGGUGUAAUUGUUGCAGCAGGGGCUGAAGUAUCAGCGAUAGCUUAUUCGUUUUUUUUUCACUUAAGGGUACUUUUGUUUCUUGGAAGUGCAGAGGAGAUGUGUUGUAUUGCAGAAUGUUAUUAUUUGGGGGAUUGUUUGUUAAAGACAUUCUGAUGUUUGACACCACAGGAGCGUAAUGGUUGGUUUUAAGUCUGAUUUAACGGUGGCAUUUUAUCACGAGCAAUGGAAAGCGAUGGCUCUGAGAAAAGGGACAGUCCAUGACAAUCGACACCUGUGCUAAUGUCUUAUAAGAAAUAGAUGCACCUUUAAUCAUUUAAGUUACCGCUCAUCAAGCUGUAUACUGAUAAGCUAAUAACGCACAAUAAAGGAAACAAACGCGAGGCGCUUGGAAGACCCUUCACUUUUUUAUGGGUUGAUGUUUUCGUGCUAAUAUCGAUAAUAAUCCUAGAGCAGAAGACUUGCAGCAGUACUGGUGCUGGACCUAAGGGGACUGGAGAUUCCACUUGAUGGCGCUGUGCGCACAAUGUCAAAGUAUUCCCCAAUGUCACCAAAUAAAAAUUACCUGCCAUUCUUCAAGAAAAAAAGGGUUUAAUGUGAAUCCGGCAACCCGCGGCCCAGAAUGUUCGACAAUCGAGCUGCUUUAACAGGUCCCAGUAUGCCACUUGUAUUCUGAUUUUGUUUCCUUUCAUGCAGGCCAAAUGACAUAGGAUGACGGCUGUUCAUAACUUGCUGAUUUAUGCAUAUUCCACAUAUCUUCUGCUUAUGUUUGGAUAUAUUGCCGCCCAAGACUUUUGGUGUUCCACUCUUGUGAAAGGGGUUAUCUAUGGAUCGUAUUCUGUAAGCGAAAUGUUUCCCAAAAACUUCACUAACUGUACGUGGACACUGGAAAACCCAGAUCCAACCAAAUAUAGUAUAUAUCUGAAAAUUUCCAAAAAGGACCUGAGCUGCUCCGAUUUUUCAGUCUUGGCAUAUCAGUUUGAUCACUUUUCCCACGAAAAGAUACAGGAUUUGUUAAGAAACAAUAACUCAAUUAUUUAUCUUUGUGAUUCUAAGAUCAGUUACAUAUUUUUGCAUUAUAAUAAAAAUUUUGUUCAGCUGCGUCGCAUAUAUCCUAUUGAUUUUACUGGAUUUGUACGUGCAAACGAUGAUCAAAGAUCUUUUUUGGAGUUCUUAGUAUUAAACAAGGUGAGCCCCAGCCAGUUUGGGUGUCAGGUGCUGUGUAUUUGGUUGGAAAGUUGUUUAAAAGCAGAAAAUGGCGUGGUGGAGUCGUGUGGUGUCAUGUACACAAAGUGCAACUGCCCCCAACACUUGGGAGAUGGGGGAUUGGAGGAUCAAGAUUUACUUGUUCUCAGUAACGUGGUACUUCCUCUAAACGAGCACACAGAGGGCUGCCUCACUCAGGAGUUACAGACUGCGCAGGUCUGCAACCUCACCAAGGAGGCCAAGCGCCCGCCAAAAGAAGAAUUUGGAAUGAUGGAAGGACAUACAAUUAAAAGUCAGCGACCUCGAUCAGUACAUGAGAAAAAGGCCCCUCAGGAGUACGCUGAUGCUGCUAAAUUUAUGGCACAAACUGGUGAAUCUGGUGUGGAAGAGUGGACUCAGUGGAGCGCAUGUUCUGUCACUUGUGGUCAAGGGUCGCAGGUGCGAACCAGAUCUUGUGUAUCACCUUACGGAACUUACUGCAGUGGCCCUUUAAGGGAGACAAGGGUUUGCAAUAACACUGCCUUCUGUCCAGUGCAUGGAGUAUGGGAAGAGUGGUCACCUUGGAGUCUAUGCUCGUACACAUGCGGUAGAGGCCAAAGAACAAGAACGAGAACAUGUAUUCCUCCCCAGUAUGGAGGCAGACUCUGUGAUGGCGUGGAAACUCAGCAUAAAGCCUGUAAUAUUGCACUAUGCCCAGUUGAUGGACAGUGGCAGGAAUGGAGUUCCUGGAGCCAGUGUUCAGUGACAUGUUCCAACGGGACACAGCAACGAGUGAGGCAGUGCACAGCAGCAUCUCAUGGGGGGUCAGAAUGCAGGGGACCCUGGGCUGAGAGCAGGGAAUGCUAUAACCAGGACUGCACAGCUAAUGGACAGUGGAAUAUGUGGGGGCACUGGAGUGGCUGUUCCAAGUCAUGUGAUGGUGGCUGGGAGAAGCGAAUCCGGGUAUGCCAGGGUGCACUUACAAGUGGGCAUCAAUGUGAAGGAAGUAGUGAAGAGGUACAGAGGUGCAGUGAACAGAGAUGUCCAGCGCCAUAUGAAAUAUGCUCAGAAGAUUAUUAUGUAGGAAUGCUAUGGAAAAGAACACCAUCUGGUGAUUUAGCCUUCAACAGGUGUCCUCUCAAUGCUACAGGCACAACUUCCAGACGCUGCUCUCUUAAUCUUCAUGGAAUGGCCUUUUGGGAACAUCCCAGCUUUGCAAGAUGCAUAUCAAAUGAAUUCAAGUACUUACAGCAUUCAGUUAAAAACCAUCUUACCAAAGGGCAUAGGUCAGCUGCUGGAGAAGGAAUGUCCCAAGUGAUCAAAACACUUCUUGAUUUGACACAGCAAAGAAACUUCUACGCAGGAGAUCUGUUAGUCACAGUUGGUCUUCUCAGAAAUGUUACGGAUACAUAUAAAAGAGCAAGUUUUGUCCCAGCAUCUGAUGAUGUGCAGAAUUUCUUUCAGACAGUAAGUAACAUUCUUGAUGAUGAGAACAGAGAAAAGUGGGAAGAUGCUCAGCAGAUUUACCCUGGUUCACUGGAGCUAAUGCAGGUGAUAGAAGAUUUUGUUCACAUCGUAGGACAAGGAAUGAUGGAUUUUCAAAACUCAUACCUGAUGGGUGGAAACCUAGUGGCUAGUAUUCAGAAGUUGCCUGCAUCCUCUGUUCAAACUGACAUCAAUUUUCCCAUGAAAGGAAGGAAAGGAAUGGUGGACUGGGCACGAAACACAGAAGACAGGGUUGCAAUUCCAAGUAAUAUCUUCACCCCAUUUUCAACAGACAUGGAGGAAUCCACUGUAUUUGUCCUUGGAACAAUUCUGUAUAAAAAUUUAGAACUUAUUUUGCCAUCUCCCAGAAAUUAUACUGUUAUCAACUCAAAAAUCAUUGUGGUCACGAUAAGGCCAGAGCCACGAAUAGUGGAUUCCCUUCUAGAAAUUGAACUCGCUCAUUUGUCUAACGGUACCUUGAAUCCAUACUGUGCUGUUUGGGAGGACUCCAAAAUGAACGAUUCUUGGGGAACCUGGUCCACUCAGGGAUGUAAAACUGUGCUUACCGAU